AUGCAGAUACUCGCGUUAAAUUUUGUUAUAUAUACCACGAGCGGCAUUUGGCGGCCGAUCGAGUGGUCGUCCGGUACCGCUAAGUUAUUGUACAACGUGUAUUCCUUCUGCGCGAUUGCCUUGAUAUUGUUCUUGAUGAUAACCCAAUUAAUCGACAUUGUUCUCGUUGUCAAUAACGUGGACGAUUUCGUUGCCAAUGCUCUCCUGUUCGUGGGUACCGUUGCCGUCAGUUGCAAAAUCACGAUCGCCAUAACGCGUCGGGAUGCGAUCAUCGGUUUGGUGCAAACGCUGCUGAGCGAGCCGUACAAGCCUCGAGACGAUGAGGAAGUGGCGAUACAAUCGAAAUGGGACGAGUUUAUCAGGAUAUGGUCAAUAAGAUUCGCAUUGUUGUCGACGGUUUCGGUAACAGGUGUGACGAUUAAAUCAGUGCUGAACGUCACGCAAGGUCUCUUACCUUACAGAGUGUGGCUGCCGUACGAUCCAAACGUAACGGUGAUGUUUUGGAUCACUUCAAUUCAGCAAAUAAUGUCUAUCAUUUUCGCCACCAUAGUAAAUGUCGGCACGGAGACCUUGGUCUUCGGUUUCUUCUUGCAAACGUGCGCCCAGCUCGAGAUUCUUGGCAGUCGUCUUCGCAAAUUAGCGGCGAACAACAUAGUUCAUCAUCGAAAAGAUAUUCUACUUUCUGCAAAUGGGGGAAAAUCCAUGAUAUCGCAACAUAUACGCCAUCACAUCGGCAUUUACGACUAUGCCCAAAAGUUAAACAACAUAUAUAAUCAGGUACUCUUCUUCCAAUUCUUCGCGAGCAUAUUGGUGUUGUGUACAAGCGUGUACUACAUGUCGACGCAUUUCACGGAGUCCGAAUUCGCCGCUAUGAUGGUCUACGUUUUCUGCAUGUUUAUACAAAUCUUUCUUUACUGCUGGUCCGGCAACGAAGUUAUGCUCAAGAGUAUAAGCAUAGGAGACGCGGCGUACAACAUGGAUUGGCCUCUACUGUCUCUCAGGGAAAAGAAAGAUUUGCUGAUGAUGAUGAAACGUAGCAUGAUCCCUAUAAAAUUUACCAGCAGCUUCUUGAUUACUCUGUCCCUCGAGUCUUACUGCAACGUUAGUGACAUACUUACUCGAAUGCAAAUGUUUUCGUUCAACUUUAUCAUAUGCGCCAUAGGCGGCAUAUGGCGUCCCACCGGGUGGUCGUCAACCUGCGCCAGACUGCUGUACAACGCGUACUCCCUCUUCACGAUAAUCCCGUUGUACUAUAUAGGGCUGACCCAAUUUAUGGAUCUCGUCCUCGUGGUCGACAACAUGGACGAUUUCACCACCAAUUCCCUGAUGUUUAUGACCAUCCUUUCGGUUUGUUGCAAAAUGACGGUCGCGGUGGUACGUCGGGGCGAGAUGAUCGAUCUGGUGAAAACGUUGUCGCGAGAGCCGUGCAAGCCUCGGGACGCGGACGAGGCGGCGAUACAAUUGAAAUUCGACAGGUUCAUCAGGUCGUACUCGAUCAAAUACACGCUUUUGUCGUCUACCGCUCUCACAGGCGUCACCACCGGCUCGGUGCUGAGUGUUAUGCAGGGUAUUUUGCCUUAUAGAGUGUGGCUGCCGUAUGAUUCGGACUCAAUAUCCCUGCUGUUCUGGAUCACGUCUAUUCUGCAAAUUAUAUCAGUGAUCAACGUCGCGAUUAUAAACGCCGGCAUUGAGACCUUGAUCUCCGGCUACUUUUUACAGACGUGCGCUCAGUUCGAAAUAUUUGAAUGUCGUCUUCAGAAAUCGGUGAACAACAGACCGGCCACGAGAUCAGCCAGCACAUAUCGCAGGUGCUUCUUAGCAACUUCGGCGAGUCACGAGAAGAUGAUAAUAUCGGAACACAUACGUCAUCAUCUCAUUAUUUUCGAGUACGCCAAAAGGGUAAACAACGUGUUCAACCAGGUGUUCUUUAUUCAAUUCCUAGGCAGUAUAUUGGUAUUGUGUACGAGUGUGUAUUAUCUGUCGUCUCACAUGAUGAGCCGGAGCAAGACUCUGCUCGUGUACACUAUCGGCAUGUUUGUGCAAAUUUUUCUCUAUUGCUGGUCCGGAAAUGAGGUCAUACUUAAAAGUUCGAGCGUAGGAGAUGCGGUGUAUAAUACGAACUGGCCUUCACUAACGGUCAGCGAGAAGAAAGAUCUGCUGAUGAUCAUGAAACGUAGUGUAAUUCCUAUUGAAUUUACCAGUAGUUACUUGAUAACUCUGUCUCUACAAUCUUUCAGUAGCGUUAAAGUGCCGUCGCAUGUGCGAUGUCUCGAUAAACCGUUCGCGAACAUGCAAUUGCUUUCGUUCAAUUUCUUUAUAUACACUGUAGGUGGUAUAUGGCGACCCAUCGAGUGGUCGUCGAGCUAUGCUAAGCUGCUGUAUAAUACGUUCACCUUCAGCACGAUAGUCCCGUUAUACUUCAUGGUGAUGACCCAAUUCAUGGACCUCGUAUUCGUGGUCGAUAACAUAGACGAUUUCACCACAAAUUCCCUAAUGUUUAUAACCAUCGUUGCCGUUUGUUGCAAAGCGACGAUCGCAGUGAUGCGUCGGGCCGAGAUCAUCGAUCUGGUGCAAACGUUGUCGCGAGAGCUGUGCAAGCCUCGGGACGCCGAAGAGGUGGCGAUACAAACGAAAUUCGACGAGUUCAUCAGGUCAUGCUCGAUCAAGUAUUCGCUUUUGUGUACCAGCUCCCUCACGGGCGUCACCAUUAGAUCGGUGCUGAACAUUAUGCAGGGCAUAUUGCCUUACAGAGUGUGGCUGCCGUACAACUUGAAUCUAUCCGUGAUGUUCUGGAUCACGUCUAUUCAGCAGAUCGUCUCCUUGAUCUUCGCCACUCUCAUCAACGUCGGCACGGAGACACUGAUCUUCGGCCUGUUCUUGCAAACGUGCGCACAACUCGAGAUCUUCGAGAGGCGUCUUAAGAAGCUGGUGAUUAGCAAAACGAAAUUGGGCGAUCAUCGCGACUGUUACUCGGGCGUCUUCGCGCCGAAUCACGGGGGAAAAAUAAUGUCGCGACAUAUACGCCAUCAUCUCAGUAUUUACGAGUACGCCAAAACAGUAAACACCGUAUUCAACCAGGUAUUUUUCGUUCAAUUUUGCGGCAGCAUAUUAGUAUUGUGUACGAGUGUGUAUUACUUAUCGUCUCACAUCGCGGAAUCGGAAGCUGCGACUCUGAUAAUAUACACUUUCGGCAUGUUUGUACAAAUUUUCGUUUACUGCUGGUCCGGAAACGAGGUCAUACUCAAGAGUGCGAGCAUAGGAGACGCGGUCUAUCACAUGGACUGGCCUUUACUAAAAGUCAGCGAGAAGAAGGACCUGUUGAUGAUCAUGAAACGAAGUGCAAUUCCUAUCAGAUUUACCAGUAGUUUCCUCAUAACUCUGUCCCUACAAUCUUACAGUAACAUUCUAAAAACGUCGUACUCGGCGUUCAAUGUGUUACAACAUGUGGGUGGUAUAUGGCGGCCCGUCGCGUGGUCGUCGGGCUGUGCUAAGUUGCUGUACAGCUCAUUCACCUUCUGCACGAUAGUCUCUUUGUACUUCCUGGUGCUGACCCAAUUCAUGGAUCUCGUUCUCGUAGUCGAUAACAUGGACGAUUUCACUACUAAUUCUCUAAUGUUUGUGAGUAUUAUUAUCGUUUGUUCCAAAGCCACGAUCGCGGUGAUACGUCGAGAUAGGAUCAUCGGUCUGGUACAAACGUUAUCGCGGGAGCCGUGCAAGCCGCAGGACGUGGAUGAAGCGGCGAUACAAUCGAAAUUCGACAAGUACAUCAGGUCACGUUCGAUAAAGUAUUCGCUUUUGGCAACCAGCUCUCUCACAGGUGUCACCAUCAGAUCGGUGCUGAACGUUAUGCAGGGUAUCUUGCCUUACAGAGUAUGGCUGCCGUACGACUCAAAUUUAUCCCUUACGUUCUGGAUCACGUCCAUUCAACAGAUCGUUUCCUUGAUUUUCGCCACUCUCAUUAACGUCGGCACAGAGACACUGGUCUUUGGCCUAUUCUUGCAAACGUGUGCACAACUUGAGAUCUUAGAGAGGCGUCUUGAGAAAUUGGUGAUCAGCAGAACAGCGAGUCGGAGGUGUUUCUCCGUCGAUUCUGCGAGUCACAAAGAAGAAACAAUGUCGAGAUAUAUACGUCAUCAUCUCAGUAUUUACAAGUAUGCCAAAACGGUAAACAGCGUGUUCAACCAGAUACUCUUCAUUCAAUUCUUCGGCAGUAUAUUAAUAUUGUGUACGAGUGUAUAUUACUUAUCGUCUCACGUUAUGGAAUCCGAAGCCGCCACUCUGUUAAUAUACACUAUUUGCAUGUUUGUACAAAUUUUUGUCUACUGCUGGUCCGGGAACGAGGUCAUACUCAAGGCUCGACAGAGUGUGAGCAUAGGAGACGCGGUCUAUCAUAUGGACUGGACUUUACUAAAAGUCAGCGAGAAGAAGGAUCUUUUGAUGAUCAUGAAACGAAGUGUAAUUCCUAUCAGAUUUACCAGUAGUUUCCUCAUCAUUCUGUCCCUACAAUCUUACAGUAACAUUCUAAAAACGUCGUACUCGGCGUUCAAUGUGUUACAACAGAAGUAA